UGAUCAGUCUCCAUGGUUUAUUUCUUCGAAUAAGGUCGCUGUGUUCGUUAUCCGUUCCAAAGCAAAUACUUGUGAUUUUACUUGAUUCCAUCAUCUGAAUAUCUGCUGUGAGCGUGACUGCUCUUCCGUGUCUUUUGGUUGGUUGGUGUCGGUGUCUGCAUGGAGCCACAAACCUUUCCAUACAUGAUUUGCGAAGGGAUUGACGAUCCCUGGGUUUCGGCUGUCCCUUCAUUGUGGUUUGACGGAAAAAACUGUUGGUGGCCUCCCAAAUGCAGGGACAAACAAAAAAUCAGAAAAUUUAUUGAAUUAGGUUAUUUGCCAGAUCGAGCAACAUGGACAUCGUAUCCUGCCAAAAUGCGGAAACAAUAUAUGACGUUCGAAGAGGCGGUGCAACACGAAAAUAAGGCAGUGGAUAACCCGUCAGGAGAUAUCGAAUCAACUGACAAUGAAAAGGAGAAAAGGAGUAGAGGUGUACGGAAGACAAAAUUGCCAUUUGACCCUAGUUCGUCUCCUGUUGCAAAAAAACAGAAGUCAAUUAACAGGAGAAGGAUUAGAGCAAUGACUGAUUCUGAGGACGAAACACCACCAAGGCCUCCUACGCCUCCUACGCCUCCAUCAUCCGGCUUAACUUCACAAAAAAAAGCUGUUAGAUGUUCUUCAAAAACCCCUGCAACAAGCAACAAACCUGGAUCUUCAGUCGUUCGUUCCAGCAAUGACUUAGUGGAUUUUGAAGAAGAUACGUUUCCAUCUCGUUCUACUCCACCUUCCAAUACAAGAGCUUUGGGGUCUUCUUCCAAAUUUCGUGCUCUAGCUGGAUCUUCAGUCGUUCGUUCCAGCAAUGACUUGGGGGAUUUUGAAGAAGAUACGUUUCCAUCUGGUUCAACUCCACCUUCCAACACAAGAGCUUUGGCGUCUACUUCCAAAUAUCAUGGCACUGCAAGGACAAACCAAGGAACAGACAACAACAGCAAUAAAGUUUUCCGGAAAAAGAUUAAUUCAGUAUAUUUGUUGAGAUCUGGUUGGUUUCAUUUAAUUUUCGUUAUACAAUUUGUUUUGUUCCCAUGCGUCCGCUUUGUUGACUUACAAUUUGUCCAUUUGAUCCCCUAAUUUUUUAGUUUCCUGUCAUUCUGAAUUUUCUGUUCUGAAAUUUGUUUUCUCCUUUUUGAAUAAUUUCAGUGUUGAUGUAAUAAAAUGACCUAGAAUAAUA